CUCUCUGAUUGGUCAGUGGCGGGCAGGAAUGAGCCAGGCACACUCCAAACCGGGCUGAUAAGAUAAAGCGUGCCAAGGGGGCACACGCUGUAUUGAUCAGGAAAUCCCCAUUGUCUCAGGCCGGUAUAUAUAGGAGCUCAAAGGCGGUCGUGUGCCUGACGCAAAGCCUUCACUCUGCUGCACUUGAGAGGAGGCUGCUCCGCAUCCCCAAGGGGUCAGAAGACAAGGGAACCAAUUUGGCUGGGUUCUUGCAACAGUGCUACUCCCUCAGCGCCAGCUUCACCCCCAGGGGAUCCAGGAUGUCUCCCAAGACCGAUUGCUCUCCUGGUGCACAGGUGAACAGUGAGGGAGAGCAGUACUACGGUGUGUCUGACGAUGAAGGCUCCGCUUCCUCCCUUGGCACUGGCAGCCUGCCUUCCUCUCCCAACCCUUCCCUGACUCGGCUGCAGGCAGGAGGCUGCCCUGCAGACGAGGGGCCCUCUCCGGAGUGCCCGCAGAAGAAACAGAAGGCCAGAAGGGGACGCACAAAAGCCAAAAGCGAAGUGGUGCUGACGAAGCAGAAGAGGAACCGCAGGAUGAAAGCCAACGACAGGGAGAGGAACCGCAUGCACAACCUCAACUCCGCCCUGGAUGCUCUUCGCAGCGUCCUCCCCACCUUCCCCGACGACGCCAAGCUCACCAAGAUUGAGACGCUUAGGUUUGCCCAUAACUACAUCUGGGCACUGACCGAAACCCUGCGGAUGGCCGACCACAGCCUCCUGAGUGUGGGGCAGCAGGAGCUGGCCAGGGAGCCUUUCCGGCAGCCCCCUACCACCGCCUGCCUGCUGGAGCUGACCAGUCCCGGCAGCAUCUCGCCUUGUGAAUGGGACUCGCUGUACUCUCCAGUCUCCCAGACUGGCAGCCUGAGCCCCACUGACUCCCUGGAGGAAGGGCGCUCUUACCAGGCUGCGGACGCCCCGGCCUGCCUCAGGCACAGCCCUCAUGCCUUCCCAGAGUUUGUCUGAGGCCAGGACUGUGUUUUGGGGACUUUCCCCCCUUCGCUCUUUCUUUCCCUUGACUUGUUUGCAGCUGCAAACACAAAAACGAUGCACGGAUGGUCAAACCAUGAGCCUCUUUGGACACGCGCUGCCUCCAGGCCCCAGGAGAGGAGAACGAUCUUUGAAGUGACUCUCUGAAAGCAGCUUUUCCCGCUUUGCCUUAAAACUUAAUGGGGAUCAACCCAAUGGAUAUGCACUUUCCAGGGCUCCUGCUAGAGCCGGAGCACGUAGGGUGCGCUAGGAACUCUGAGUGUUUAGAGAGGGUUACUUUUUUUCUUUUUGUAAUUGGGGAACCUCUCGCUCACGUAUGGGCGGUUUGGGUGUAUGUGAUCAAUAUUUCACCGGUUGGUAAGUUUCAGACAAAGUUCUUUUUGAUGUAAGAUGGUAGCACGUCUUUAAAAAUCAAAUUUUUGUACUUGGAAAUGGUAAAUUAUAUUAAUUUUUUCACUGUUGAUAUUUAUUGAUUAUAUUUCAUAACGAAUAUAUAUUUUGUACAUAAGAUUAUUUUUGGCACCGGUUUAAAUGAUUGUACUAAACAGGUUUGGUGGUGUUAAUUAAA